AUGCACGUUACCAGCGUACGAGAUUUCCAUCCAACCAGGGAGAGCAUACCGCCUCCGAAUGUGAGCUAUCAGCAAUCGGUGCUCGGUCUUGCUCCCAAUCUACAUCCCCUUAACCCCUUCCCCUUUAUUCUUCGCGCCGCAGCGCUAUACCCGGACAAACUUGCCCUUGCUCAUCCAGAUGUAAAACAUCCCGCGUUCUAUACCUAUGCAGUUUGGGCUCAGCGCAUCCAGAACAUGGCGUAUGCUCUUAUACAAGCAGGCAUCCGCCCAGGUGACCGCGUUGCAGUCAUAGCGCCCAACUGGUAUAACCCCCAUUUUGUUGCACAUGACAAGAAUGAAACGCUCUCCGUAGAUGCUCACUUUGGCAUUCUUGCUGCUCGUGCUAUCGUUGCACCUGUAAACACUCGCCUCACGCCCCCUGAGGUCUCAUACAUUCUGGAACAUAGUGGAUCCAAACUCAUUCUCGUUGAUCGCGAAUUCACCCAUCUCAUUGAGAAUACUAAUGUCCCUAUCAUUGUUUGUCAUGACACAGGAAGAGCAGGCGACCCAUACGAAAGCUUCCUUAGUGCUGGCAGAGUAUUCAGUGCAGAAAAGGGGUGGGCUGGCUUGGACAUUGAGCUGGAUGAGAAUGCUGGUGCAGUUUUGUGCUACACGUCGGGAACUACAGGUCGCCCAAAGGGCGUCCUUACCACACUGCGCGGUUCUUAUUUGGCAGCAAUAGGGAACGUUGUCGAGGGACAGAUGACUCAUGAGUCGACGUACUUGUGGAUCCUUCCAAUGUUCCAUGCAGCUGGUUGGACAUUCCCAUGGGCAAAUGUCUUCGCAUGCGCGACACAGAUAACCAUGCGCACCGUUAACUACCCACUUAUCUGGAAGCACCUCCUGAAUUCCGGGGUAACUCACUAUUGCGGUGCACCCACCGUCCAGAUUGGAAUUGUGAACGACCCCGCUGCUAGACCUCUCCCUCGUCCUAUAUCCGCGGUUAUUGCAGGGGCAGCACCCACCGCUCAAGUCAUCAGCCAACUCGAGGAGAAGGGAAUCAAGCCUGUGCAUGUAUACGGUUUGACUGAGGUACGUGCUUUGGCGUUAUUUAAAGAAGUGGCAAGCUUGAACGUGUUCCUAAAGACUUAUGGGCCCUUCACGCGCUGCUAUGACCACCCUCAUUGGAAAACGCUGACUUUGGAACAACGCGCGAAGCUGAUGGCUCGACAAGGUCAAAGCUUUGCUACCGCGCAAGAUAUACGCGUAGUAUAUUCUUCAGACGACGAAGAACUCCGCGACGUUCCAAAAGACGGACGCACGGUGGGCGAGGUUCUCAUGCGUGGAAACCUGGUCAUGAAGGAGUAUUUCCGCGACCCAGAGGCUACGCGCAAGGCUUUUCGGGGAGACCACUUCCACUCGGGUGAUUUAGCCGUCUGGCAUCCAGAUGGCGUCAUACAGGUCGUCGACCGAAGCAAAGACCUGAUUAUCUCUGGAGGCGAGAAUGCGUCGAGCUUGGCCAUAGAACUAGAGCUUUCGAGUCACCCGCAUGUUUUAGAAGUAUCCGUAGUCGCCCGCUCGCACCCGAAGUGGGGUGAACGUCCCAUGGCUUUCGUCCUUAUUCGUCCGGAGCACGCCCCCAAGUGGAAAGACAACCAUGACGGCUUUGCUGCUGAGCUGAUCCGCCACGCGCGAACACUUUUGCCCGGCUUUGCAUGCCCAGAAUGGGUGCAAAUAGUAGACGAAUUACCCAAAACAUCCACUGGGAAGAUCCUCAAGACCAAUCUUCGCAAAGUCGUUGCUAAACUGUGA